AUGGCAGCUCGGCCUUUCCAAAUUAUCAACCACGGACUCCGAGAAAACUCAGGGACUAACCAGAGCCUAAGAUACGGGGAAAAUGAAUGUGCAGGGCCCAAGUUAGUGAUGGCACUUGCCAAGAGAGAAAAAGAGAUUCUCUAUCUACAAGAAGAAGUACAGAGACUACAGCACGCCUUGCAGGAAGUCCAGGAGAGCACAGCCAAUCAGAUUAGACACCUGGAAUGGGAGCUGGCCAGUAAAACUGAGGCUAUAGAGAAAUUUGAAGUCAAGCUGCAGUCUCAGCAGGACUAUGAGCAGAUCAAAGCAGAGCUGAGAACCCUCAGAGAACUGAGACAGGCUUCAACACCGGCUGACCUCUCAGAGGUGUGUGCUGUUUCAGAGACCACCCUUAAGGAUGGACAUGUCUUACCUCUCUCUUAUUGGUCGUCUGCAGGGAGUUCUCCAAGCCCAUGUGUGGAAGAUAUAGAUAUUAAAAGGGAAGCAGAGACACCUGUAAGGAUCAGCUCUCUUGUCAAGACUGAGGACCUGCAGGAUAACCACUCCUCCUUAAGUCCUGGACUUCCUGCUGACCACGGGGCGACAUCCACGCCCACUCGCCAGUUUGACGCUCCCUUUCAAGUUUCCAGCGUGACGCUACUCUCUCCCUCCAUCAAAACAGAAGAUAAAACCACUGAGUUUCUCCCCGUUGCCCCGUCAGACGAAACCAGCGCCGGCCCAGAGGAUGGUGAGUAUGGGGCAGAGGGCGUGACCAGCGCCUGCUGGGAAGGCGUGGCUUUAGGAGGGGCUGAGGAAGACCAGCGUGUGGAGACUGCAGAGAUCAUCCGACAGGUGAAAGAGCAGCUUCAGAAGCACAAAAUCGGCCAGCGCGUCUUCGGCCAUUACGUGCUGGGCAUGUCGCAAGGCUCAGUCAGUGAGAUCCUGGCCAAGCCCAAGCCCUGGAGCGGCCUGUCAGUCAAAGGGAAGGAGGUCUUCCUCAGGAUGAAGCGUUUCCUGUCUGACGAGAGGAACAGCCUGGCGGUCCGUGACAUCCAGGUCCGACAGCGAAGAAAUGUCAAACCGUGCGUGAGGACUCCGGACGUGGGCUCAGACGAUGCAAUAAAGAACAUUUUGGAGAAGGCGAAGGAGGAGAUUCAGUCACAAAGAGAAGAUGAGGGGGCUUGUUCUCAGAACGGACAGUGCUGUGAGGUUGGACAUGAGGGUGAUGAUGCUGGUUGCGUGGGACGAGGCAGCUCAGAGGACGUCAUCAAAGGCAUUUUGGAACAGGCGCGUCAGGAAAUGGAAGGUCAGCAAGAGGGAGACGCACGCAAGUGGUGCACGUCACAUGACUCCUCUCCGCUCCGCUCUGACUCCCAGUCUGCACAGGAGAAGCGUGCUCAGCUCCAGUGUGUCCGUCCCAGUACGGUAUCACCCACUGACUUUGUCCAGAACAUCAUCUGUCAGGUCAAGAGAGAACUCGCAAAGGACUCCACCAAUGGCUCACCAGGCCCUGUCUCACCAUCGCCACCGUCUACGACGUCUUCUGCCUGCAGCACAGAUCAGGGGAUGUGCCUGCCUGUCCCCGCUGUAAGCACACACCUGGACAGGGUGACAUCACCCAGCAGGGAGGAGCCAGUGCUGUUGGUUCAGGUGAAGGAAGAAGAGGAAUGGGAAGGUGAUGAGGCACAUGAGGUGCCACAGUGUCAAACCUCCAUGAGACCUAUGGCACACCCACUGACCCCAGAUCAGUAUGAGAGACUUAUUAACUGUCAGCUGAACACUGCGGAGCUCACGAAACAGGUCAAAGCCAAACUGGCCCAGAAUGGCAUCUUCCAGCGUGUCUUUGGAGAAAAGGUUCUGGGUCUGUCUCAGGCCAGUGUUAGUGACAUGCUGUCCAGACCCAAGCCCUGGAGCAAGCUGACGCAGAGAGACCGAGAGCUGUUUGUUCGCAUGCAGCUUUGGCUCUUGGACCAGCAAGGACAAGACUUGGGACCCCCGCCCUCACACAGCCCACAGCCUAAAGAUAAUCUACAGUCUCGGGCUUACUUCCCUGUGGAGCGUACAGAUCAGACUCUAGAGAGCUUUAAGGAGAACCAGCCACCAGCUCUUGCCCAGGAUGUCCUGCCUAACCCGGGUUCUCUGUGCGCAUCCACCCCUGAGCUCCACAGCGGACUGGAUAUCCAACAGCUGGCUGUCUGCUGGUCUGAACUGGACACACACAGCAUCACCAAGAGAGUGAAGGAGGUCCUCAGAGAAAACAAUCUGGGCCAGCGUCUGUUUGGAGAGAUGGUUCUGGGGUUGACUCAGGGCUCAGUGUCUGACCUGCUGGCUUGGCCUAAACCCUGGAGUAAACUCAGCCUCAAAGGGAGGGAACCUUUCGUCCGCAUGCAGCUUUGGCUCAACGAUCCUCAAAAUGUACAAAAACUGAACAACGUGAAGAAGAUAAAGGAAAGAGCAUGUCUGAAGCGCCAUGUCAGUGUUCUGAGAGCUGAAUCAGUCAGAGACCACUCAGGAGGCCCCUCAGACACACUCGGCCCUGGGUCACCAUCUCUAAACCCCAGCAUGUCUGAAACUUCCAAGAGGCCUCGUGUGGUGCUCACUGCUCUGGAGAAGGAGGCGCUCAAGAGGACCUACCAGGUAGAGCCAUACCCCUCUCAAAACACCAUAGAAAAACUGGCUUCCCAGCUCGGCCUUAGAACCAGCACUGUCAGUAACUGGUUUUAUAACUACAGGGCCAGAACAAGACAGGAUGUGCGGAGUAGACCACUUGAGGCUGAAUCAAGAACAUUAGUCCACUCUAAACCUCAAGAGAUGAGUGCCAGAUCUUUUGGUCCAAGCACCCUCUACAAUAGCCAACCUACGAGCAAAGACAUAGACUGGGUUAUCAUUAAACAGGAAUCCAGCGAUCUGGAGACAGAAGAAGAUGAGGAACUAGAUAGGAUUAUUCAACCAAUCAGAUAUGUGUCAACAGGUGUCCAGCACCGUAAUGAGCUGAAAACGGAGGAAGGUGAGGAGAUUAGACUUCAGCAGGGAUGUGAUCAGAUUAAUGGGGAGGGAUGGCAAAAGACCGGGCAAGAGUCCAGAACUCAGUCAGCCAAUGGCAGAGAAGAUCAGGCAUCAAGAGUGUCGAAGGCCAAUCUGGAGUCCCGCUCGCCGUCUCCGGGGUUUGGUCCAUCUGUCAUACCACCCUGUGUAGUCUCAAUGGAGCGCCAAACCAGUGUGGAAGACCACAUACCUGCUCACUGCAUGCAGAAGAGCAGCUUGAAAAUGGCCAACCUGGACAGCAUAAUCCACAGACUGGAACAGACGGCGGACCCAGAGGGGGCUUUGGAGUGGGUGUUUUAG